AAAUUUUUGGAAUUGAGAGAAUCGUAACAAGUUGUCAGGGGGGCAUGUAGUUAACUCUCCCAAAUAAUUUCCAACCAAGCUUAUAUUAGACUGGAGGAGGUGAUACCUUAUUCUGUUGAUAUCUUGUAGUUAGGUCAACCUUUAUACAUAUUUUACUCCUUCAGUUAAUGGCCCUUUACUCAGCUGCAGCAAUGCAUGAUUAUGACCAUCCAGGUAGAACUAAUGCUUUCCUAGUUGCUUCAGAAGAUAAAAAAGCAAUUCUCUACAAUGAUCGGUCUGUACUAGAAAAUCAUCAUGCUGCCGAGUCAUGGAAACUUUUAACUUCUCAAUCGAGUUAUAAUUUCAUUGAAAAUUUGGACUCGGCCGAGACAAAACGUUUUCGUUAUUUAGUAUUAGAAUAUAUUCUCGCAACAGAUUUAAAACAACAUUUUGAUAUUAUUGUUCAAUUUAAUGAAAGAGCACCUUCUAUGGAUUUAUCUAACGAAUCUGAUAGAAUGUUGAUUUCUUUAAUGAUUAUUAAAUUUGCUGAUAUUAAUUCCCCGGCAAAACCUUUUUCUUUACAUAAACAAUGGACUGAAAGAAUUUGUCAAGAAUUUUAUGAACAGGGAGACGAAGAAAGGCUUAGAAAUAUGGCAAUAAGUCCAUAUAUGGAUAGAAGCGAACCAGCAGUUGCCAAACUUCAGGAUUCGUUUAUUGCCCAUAUUGUCAAUCCUUUAGCUAUUGCUUUAAAUGAAGCUAAUUUAUUGCCUAUACUUCCUGGGCUUCCAGAAUCUGGUGAAUUUAAUGAGAAAAAAUUUAAAAAUAAUUUAAAAAUAAUUUUAGAAUUAAUAAUUAAUCUGAGGCAUAAUCAUCAAAAAUGGCUUAAUCAAAUUGAAUUUGAUCAAAAAUUUUGUAGGGAAGGUGAAGACGGAGAGGGAAAUGCUUUGGAAAAGAACAAAACAAAUAUUUCUAGGUAGUUAAUUGAGGUUUUUGAGUUUGGACUGGGAGGAUGUCAGAAUACUAUAGAGCCAUACAAAAUUUUUUUGACACCAUUUGACUCAGCUAGUCAAGAGCAUGCCGACUCCUUCCAUAAUUAUCUAGACCUGAUUCUCUGCAAUAAUUAUAAUUCCUGUUUAAAAUCCUGCAGUAAAAAGGACUGUGAUAAGGAGUGGCUAUUUAAUAGUGCCAAGAUAGGGCUAUUACAGGGAAAUUUUGGA